AUGCCUAUAAAUAUUGUUGAUGAGAAAAGGUUAUAUCAAUGGAUGAUAAAAACUUUAGAAAAAACGACUGAUGCAAAUCCAAAUACUCUAUCAAAGUAUGUUGUAGCAAUGUUGAGUAAGACAGAUUCACUAGAAUUAUUGGAAAAAGUUUUACCUGAUAAAAUUAGAGUAUUUCUUCAAGAUGAAUCUGAUACUUUUGGUAAAGAAUUAUGUGAUACAAUUAGAACGGGUAACUAUUUGAAUUGUGAUAGUGAUGAAGAAAAUAAGGCAAAAAGUGAUCAAAAUGAUGAUGAUAGAAGUAGUGAUAAAGUUUUAUCUCCAAGUUUCCAUUGUAAAGAAUCUUCUCCUGAUUUAAGGUCCUCUAAUACUUUACGUAAUCGUUCCCGUUCUCGUUCAAAAUCUUACACUCGUUCUAGAUCUCGUUCACGCACUCCACCACCUCAAAGAUAUGAUAGGGGAAGAAGAUAUAGUCCAACUGGUAGAAGAUCUAAUUAUGAUGAUCGUUAUAAGAAUAGUAGAAAAUAUGACUCACCACCUAGUCGUCACACCUACAAUAGAAAACGUGUUAGAAGUUAUAGUCGUAGUAGGAGCAGAUCUCCAUCACCAAUUAUCAUUGAUAGGUACAAUAAUGAUAGUAGAAGAAAAGAGAAAAGGCAUGAUGAUGGUAGUACCAAAGCUAUAUGUACAAAUUUUUCAAAAACUGGUACGUGUAAAUAUGGUUCUAGGUGUAAUUUUUUACAUAUUAGUUCGACGAGAGAUAGUAAUUCGAAGUCAUCUAUAAUGUUUAAUAGUGAUUUUUCUAAACCACCACCAGGUAUUAUUCCACAAAUGUCUUCUAUUCAAGGUUUACCAAUUGGACAAUUUCAAACUACUUCUAUAUUUAAUCCAGUUCCCAUGAUUCAACAGUUUCACCCACCACUUGUUGUACCUUCUGAUGCAGGUGUUCUUGGCAGUGGUACAUACCAACAAACAUUGAUUCCCCAAUCGAUUAAUAAUAGAGGUUCUUAUAAUAACGUACAAUUUCGCAAUCUCAAGACUGUUACUGAUCCAUCAGCAACAUUACCGAUACCAUCAUGUAAUACUUUAGAAUUACGUAAAUGUCCUCAAGAAUUAAAUACAAUAGCAAAGUUAGAUGAAUAUUUUAGUACUUUUGGAAAAAUAAUAAAUAUCCAAGUUAAUUUUGAAGGUGAUCCAGAAGCUGCUUUAAUAACAUUUUCCGAACAUAAUGAAGCUGUUAAAGCUUUCUCUUCAGAAAAAGCUAUUUUUGAUAAUCGUUUUAUUAAAUUAUUUUGGUAUAGACCAGAAAAGAAGAAUGGUAUUAACAAAAAUGAUAAUAAAUCUAUUGUUAAAACAAUUGUUAAAAAACAACCAAUAAUUUACCCAAGUCAAGAGGCAUGGCUAAAGAAGCGUGAAGAACAUAAGAAAAUGAUGUUAGCGCAAAAGAAUCGUGAGAUAACUUUACGUAAAACUGCUGAAGAAUGUAUUAAUGUUUAUAGAAAGAAGGUUACUUAUUUAGAAAAAUUAAAAAGUGAAAUUGAUGACAUAACUGUGAAAUUGAAAGCAGCUAAAACUCCUGAUGCCAAAAAAGGGUAUCAAAAAUGUUUUAAUCAUAUGUCUGAUGUUUAUUUGACACAAACUAAAGAGUUAAAAGAAUUAAAUGAACAGAUAAAUAAGAUUAAUGAAGAAUUAAAAAAAUUUGAAAAAUCUUCUACAAUUACUUUUGGUAGUAUUAAAGGUUCAGAUAAAUCAAUUGAUACUGGUAACGAUUCUUCGACAACACCAACAAAUAAUGAUGAGGUAAGUAAUAAUAAGAAUGUUGGCGAUGAUGAAGAGUAUAAAAAUGAUCAACUAGAGGAAGAGGAUUUGGAUGAUGAUAUUAUUUCCAACAUUAACAAUGAAGGUAAUAAUAGCAGCAGUUGUGAAAAUACCGAUGAUAAUGAAGAUGAUUCAGAGGUGAAAAGUAAUAUUCAAAAUUGUUCAGAGGAUCUUGAUAACACUACUUUAAACGAUGAUAAUAAUGAUAUUCCUAUGCCAACCUCUAGUAAUAGUGAUAAUAUUAAUGGGUGA